UAUCAACACCCAAAGCAGGUUCCGUGAAGGGGAGGAGAGGAUAUUCAUUUGAGCUUUGUCUCUUUACAACAUCACUGUCUGUACAGUAGGGUAGGCUUACUUUGCUAUAAUAAAUUAUUACCGAGGUGAUUUAGCAACCGGGUAAAAAUGCUCCAGUCUCUAGCCAGCAAUUCGUGUGUGCGUUUGAUACAGAAUCAUAAAUCGACGUGGUAUUUCGUAUCUUUAAUAUUGGGCUAUCUCCUUUAUCUCAUAUUCGGCGCCGUCGUCUUCUCGUCGGUCGAACUACCGUACGAAGACCAACUGCGUCAGGAGCUGAGGGCCGUCAAAAAGCAGUUCCUCUUGGAAAAUGAGUGUCUGUCCGAGGAGCGACUGGAGCGGUUUUUAAAGAAAGCCCUAGACGCCAGUAAUUAUGGGGUUUCUAUUCUCAAUAAUGCCUCGGCUAACUGGAACUGGGACUUCACCUCUUCGCUGUUUUUCGCCAGCACGGUGCUGUCCACCACAGGUUACGGUCACACAGCACCGCUAUCAGAUGGCGGCAAGGCCUUCUGCAUUAUUUACUCCGUGAUUGGCAUCCCAUUUACCCUCCUCUUCCUCACUGCCGUUGUGCAAAGGAUCAUGGUCUUCAGCACUCGGAGGCCCGUCACGUACAUCCACACACGGUGGGGUCUGUCCAAGCAGCUUGUGGCCAUCGUUCACGCCACCCUACUGGGCAUGUUGGCCGUCUCGUGCUUCUUUCUGAUCCCGGCGGCCAUCUUCUCUGCUCUGGAGGAGAACUGGAACUUCCUGGAGUCCUUUUAUUUCUGCUUCAUUUCACUCAGCACCAUUGGCCUCGGAGACUACGUACCCGGCGAAGCGGCCAAUCAGAAGUUCAGGGAGCUGUACAAAGUGGGAAUCACUGUCUACCUCAUUCUGGGUCUCAUAGUCAUGCUGGUGGUGCUGGAGACCUUCUGUGAGCUGCAGCAGCUGAAGCAGCUCAGGAAGAUGUUCUACCUGAAGAAGGAGAAGCCCCAGGAUCGCCUCGCCAUUUUGGAGCACGACCACCUCUCCUUCACCACCGUGUCUGACAACACAGGUGGCAAGAACGAGGACAAAGCCAAGACGUUUGUCAGCGUCCCGACUCUGGUCUCUCCCAAUGAUGAUCCAAUGAUCCAGUAAAAAAAAAAAAAAAAAAAGACCACAAAGGAUAACGGAGGGGAAUAAAAACGAGGGGAUUAACUCAUAGACAGCAUGAGUAAAAACCAAUCACGGCUUUAGGCAAAUUGUAGUCAAUGCUAAAAUUGUUUAGGUCUGCAGAGAUCAAGCAAACAAUGCCAACUACGAAACCACAAAACUGACAGUAGAGAUAGUGUUAUAGUGUUAUGCCGCAGAGAGUUUAUCUACAUAAUAAAAGUGAAAUUAAUAUUUUAACAACAGCUAUAAAUACAAAGUCAGUGAUUAAAGGAAAGUCCUCUGCUGUAUUUAUGACUCACAAAAGCUAAGCGCCUUUAAAAGCUACAUUAUUUAUGGCACACUUAGGAAUAUUUGAUGAAGUAAUUCGUCUCUUACGACUAGUACGACUAACUCGAAGACGGGAAACCUUCCGUCACACAUUAGGACAUAAGUAUGUAUGUGUCUUUUAAAUAGAGUUUUUAGACAGGUCUUUGUACAUAAUCGGGAGAAUGUUUUAAAUGUAGAGUAUGAAGUCAAAGCAGAACUUUACCUGAUAUCUACACAAAAAUAGCUGAUGCUGUAUCAUGGCCUGUUUUGGUUCCUUUUGAUUUUGGGGCAUUUUUUUAUUUUAUUUAUCUGAUUGUAAGCUGCUGGAACAGAGAGCUUUACAGAUCCUUUAUUGAUGUCAGUAUUCGUUUAAUUAUUGAUUUUUAAAAUAAAACAAUGUGGGUCGCACAAUUGAUUCAAAGAGUUACAUAAGGACUGGUUUAUCAGUUUUAUUUGCCGUAAAUUUGCUAUUGAUCAAAAGGUAGCGGAAUAUGUUUAAAAAUGUAACUUGGGGAGCUGCUAUGUAAGAAUAUUGUUCAUAUUUCGAGGCAUUUCUUGGUCUUCCUUACAGUGGGGUUAAGUGUUUUGGUUGCACUACAUGUGUCAUUGUGAA